AUGCUCUCAUUCGGAGAGCCCACCGUCUAUGAGCGGUCCAAGUGCUUCUUCACAUACGGCCGCAUGCCCUACCUCGACCCUAACCAGCCUCCAACCAAGUGGAUGUCCAAGGGAAAGCCAUGGUCGACGCUGGUGACACACGACUUCAUACGAAGGGUCGACCUCAUUCUGCCACAGGAGACAUGGCAUCUACUUCGAGAGACGUUAUUAGGUGUUUCGAUUCCUCCUCCCGAGUUUCAUCGGAUUACCAUGUCGCUUUCCCAAAUAUUGCAGGGCGAAUUUUUCACAGAGUACAUCAAGAUUGGCCAGCUAACCAUGUUCCUGGAAAAGGAGACAUAUGAACGAGCUGGUCUGGUUGGGAAGCCUUACGGCGCCAAGGGGAACAGAGGUUUAAGGCCUCGGUGGGUAGUUCACUUCGAUCUCCGGAGUCCAUCCAUGUUUCAGGGUAAGAAGGGCUUUGACCGGUUGAUUCACGCUUGCAAAGAUGUGCUUGACGAGCCGCGAACGUGGCUGUUCAGAAACGUAUCUUCUAUAGUGCCCAUUCCCAACCCUCUGAAUGCCUUUCACCCCAUAAAGUGCAAGGCGUCUCCUGAGAUAUGCGAGGGCCUCAAGGUCACGUUGCCUCCACUCGAGCCGCCUUCCGACUUAGUCACUGACCUCGGCACCAACAACUUGCCAGAGGCGGUGGCCGAUAUUUAUGAGUGGCUCUCGCUAGUCCGCCUCCAAAGCCCACGCAUAACGGCAGCAGAUGCUAUCGACCCCUUUCUCAGCCGCUACGAAACCCCCGGCAGUCCAGACGAGCAGAGCGUGACCAAGCUAUGCACCAUCAGCUGGGAAGGCCUUCUCCCACCCUCAUUUGCCCAGGAAUUGCUUGCGGACGUCAUCUCCAAACUACCUUCCCGCGGCUGGGUUUCCUUGAGCGUGUCAUCUUUUUCCAAGACGUUGUACGGGGAUGCUGCCGAAAGUACCUUUCUUCGGCCGCCGGGUGCCCCUAAAGAAUAUUUUCUUUGGGAUAUCAAAAGCCAUGAGUAG